CGGAGGGGAGCCGUGUGGGCGCCGCGGAGGACUUUCCUAUAAAAGCAGGGAUCCCACAGCCAACCGAGCUUGUCUCUCUGUCACAGGCAAGACAAGAGCCGCGAGUCCCCGCCUGCAGCUGUGUUAUUUCUCCCGCCACAGCCCGGAAAAGCAUCCCGACCUCACCUAAAAGGAAAGCUUUAGUCUAUGGUUCUGACUGACGCUCCAACAAGGAUGUCCCGGACCGACGAGGUGCACCGUAUAACGGAGAAUGUCUACAAGUCCAUCAUGGAGCAGUUCAACCCCUGCUUACGGAACUUCAUAGCCAUGGGGAAGAGCUACGAGAAGGCGCUGACCAGUGUCACAUUUGCUGCAAAGGGCUACUUCGACGCUCUGGUGCGGAUGGGCGAGAUGGCCAGCGAAAGUCAAGGCUCUAAGGAUCUUGAGGAGGCAGCAUGGGAGGUGCUCUUUCAGAUGGCUGAAGUGCACCGACAGAUCCAGAUCCAGCUCGAGGAGAUGCUGAAGUCUUUCCACAACGAGCUGCUCACAGAGCUGGAGAAGAAGGUGGAGCUGGACGCUCGCUACCUGAACGCCGCGCUGAAGAAGUACCAGACGGAGCACAAGAGCAAAGGGGAGAGUUUGGAGAAGUGCCAGGCGGAGCUGAAAAAACUGCGCAGAAAGAGCCAGGGCAGCAAGCACCCCUCCAAGUAUGGAGACAAGGAGAUGCAGUAUGUGGAGGCCAUCAGCAAUAAGCAGAGCGAGCUGGACAACUGCAUCGCAGAGGGCUACAAGCACGCUCUGUCUGAGGAGAGGAGGAGGUACUGCUUCCUGGUGGACCGGCAGUGUGCCGUCGCCAAGAACAGCAGCGUCUACCACGGCAAGGGGAAGGAGCUUUUAACCCAGAAGAUCCCAGCGUGGCAGCAGGCGUGUGCCGAGCCCAACAAGCUGCCGGACCGGGCCAUGUUCCUGGCCCAGCAGAUGAGCGGGGUUGCGGGCGCCAUGGUUCCCAUCACACAUCAUCCAGGCAUGCCCCUCUCCGAGCCCCUCGCUGGGCCUAAACCCCUGCCAGUGCCCCCAGAGCUGGCCGCCCUCAGGGCCAGUGGAGGCAUGGGACAGCAGAGGCUGAUGGGAGGUGUGGACGGGGGGAUGCCGGUGGUGAACGGCACAGCGGGGGCUCACGGAGGGGAGGACUACCAGCAGUGGAUGGAGGGCAAGGUAGCCCAGGGGAAGGCCUCCCCCCAGACCCAGCGGCACGGGGGGGAGGUGUACUCCAACACCCUGCCUGUGCGCAAGGUCGCCCCCGCCAAGAGCAAGACCACCCUGACGGAGACCCGCACCCUGCCCCGGUCCAGCUCCAUGGCAGCGGGGCUGGAGAAGAACGGCAGGACCCGGGUCCAGGCCAUCUUCUCCCACACAGCCGGGGACAACAGCACCCUGCUCAGCUUCUUCGAGGGUGACGUGAUCACCCUGCUGGUCCCCGAGGCCCGGGACGGGUGGCACUACGGGGAGAACGAGAAGACCCGGAUGCGUGGCUGGUUUCCCUUCUCCUACACCUGCGUGAUCUCUGACGGGGACAGCAACUCCAUGAGGCAGCUCCGAGUACACAACCUCCACGGGAAGAGCAGCAGCACGGGGAACCUCCUGGAGAGAGAAGACAUGGCGGUCCCUGAUUACGGCGUCCACUCCCACAUGGCGGCACAGAGCGCUGCUGCGCUGCACGGCAGACAGCAACGCCCCUACAGUGUGGCCGUGCCAGGCUUCCCACAGCAAGGAGCUGAAGAGUACGAGCCCCGCUUCCCUACAAGUACCGGGCCAGAUUACGCUCGCUUUUGAGUGACCGAAACUCCUCUGAUGAUCCGCCCAUGGAGCCGCCUGUCGAGGCCCCAGCCAAACCGCCCCUUUCUGAUGAUGAGGAUGAAGUGGAAGUGGAGGAAGAGCUGCCUGAUGAAGCACACUACGACUCCUUGGAGAAGGCCUCCACCCCCCCGGUGGAGUACUGAGCCCUGCCUCAGGUUAAACUAGCUGCAGGUACAUCAAUGGUGCCCAACUGUAGCCCCUCGCCUCAGCUCUGAUUCAACCACAGAACUAAAUAGUGCUACUUUAAAAAAAAAAGAAAUUACUAUGACCAGCAAAUGAACGGCUCAAACAACAAAUCACAUGUACAGUUAUCUCUGUUUUAGUUGAGAGAUCAUGUGGUUAAAAGCUAGAAUUGAUUAAUAUUUGAUCUUCCAGCAAGGAAAGCACUUUAAAUUAAAAUGUUCCCUGAUUGUUAUCCUCUGAGUUGUAUUUCUGUAAAGGCAUCUGCUCACAUAUGGGUAAUAUAAUGGACAUCAUCGAAGUUAUUUCACUUUUUUAUUUUUGGAACAUACACAGAGUGUGUGGGGUGAUAGGAAAAUAAGUUUUCCAGCGUGGGCAACUUGGGUUCUUGGCUCAUUUGCAACGUAUCUCUACCUAAACACUGAUGACUGGCUCCUCUUGUAGACUCCAUGGAUCUGCAGUUGUUCUCUAAAGUCACGUGACAACAUCUCUGUGCUUUUUCAAAUGCAGCUUCCUCCCCUGCCUUGGCAACUGAAGGGCUUCAAUGUUACGCUUCACAUCUUGGCAGGUGUUUCACCUUUUUAGCCUCAACUGUUCACACUGCCUCCUCACAGGGCUAGCAUACCAACUGGUGUUGGUGCAGAGGUAUUGCACAUAUUAGUCUGGACCAAAGUGGAUCAUCUAAAAUGGAAGAGAUAAUCUGAAGCACAUAAGAGAUUGUAUACUAGCCAGAAAUCUCCAGUAUCUGUGGAAUAAUAUUGGGCUCAUUUAUGGCAUCAAAACUGAUAAGCACACUACUCAUAGUACUGUAUGUUUAACUAUUUGUAUACUCACAGGAAAUCUAUAUUCAUUAAUAACAUUAAUAAGCACUGCAGGUGUUUGUACCUAUAAUAAUGUCCUGCCGGUUUAGUGAUUACAUGAAUAUACAAGCAGUUUGUAGGUCAAUUAAAUAAUACAAUCAAUGAGUAAUUGCAGCGUCUUUUGUCCUGGUUAAGAUCACUUUGAUGUAAAGUAGAGCAAUCAGGAUUACACUGAUACAGGUUGGUAUUCAAUCUUGGCCGUUCUAAGAAUAAUGUUUUAUAAAGAACUAAUAAAGAACUGCCACAAACAGUGUCCUGUUCGAAUAAAUACAUCCAAUUGUGACUGUUGUCCGUGGAAUAGCCAGAGUGACAAGCAAACCAUUUCUGUAACAGAGGUUGCUGUUGGAAUGUUCUAAAGAUGAAUAUUUAAUGGCUGUGAGCACUUCAAAUGAAGUCACAUUUCCCUCCAUUGUUCGGAAACUUUUUUUAAUGACACAAAAUAAUAAAAACCGGUUUCAGUGUAGCUCUGUGUUACAUGAAGACUAAUACAGUGAACAUAUGACUGACAUUCAAACCUGUAUCAUGUGAUUUAUUGUCAAACUUUUUCUGUUCAAUUAAAAUCUGAGAAUAAAGAA